CGCGUUCGACUUCUCUAGUAAACAAAAAUGGCGGACCCGUUGAGCCUUCUCCGCCAAUACAAUGUUAACAAAAAAGAAAUAAUCGAGCGCGAGGGACAGAUAAUAUUCGGCGAAUUCUCAUGGCCCAAAAAUGUAAAAACCAACUAUUUAAUGUGGGGUUCUGGAAAAGAUGGGACAGCGAAAGAAUACUACUCACUGGAAUGUCUCCUAUUUAUAUUAAAAAACGUGUCCCUAACUCAUCCUGUGUAUGUACGACAAGCCGCAGCCGAGAAUAUUCCGGUAGUACGAAGACCUGAUCGAAAAGAACUUCUUGCGUAUCUGAAUGGCGAAACCGCCAGUUGUCCCGCCAUCGAUAAGAGUGCCCCGCUUGAAAUACCCACACAGGUAAAACGGUCAGCUGAUUAUGAAGGACCGGAAAGUAUUGCGAAAAAACCACGAUUUGAGGAUCCUCAUGUGCAGAAAGUCAGGGAGAAGUUGGCUGCAAGGCUCGAUGCACCAAAGGAGGCCUCAGUCACUGUUGAUAAUAUCAAAUCACUGUCUGAAGCUAUGUCAGUUGAGAAAAUUGCAGCUAUUAAGGCGAAGCGUCUCGCGAAAAAGAGGACUACGAUUAAAGGGAAUGAUGAUAUUGGGCAGGAAUAUGAUAUUCGCGCUAUUUUAGAUCUGGAUGUUGAUUUAACCAAAGAUAUUAUUAGUAGGGAGAGGCAGUGGAGGACUAGGACUACAAUUCUCCAGUCAAGUGGAAAGACUUUCGCGAAAAACAUCUUCGCCAUGAUUCAUAGCAUCAAGGCCCGCGAAGAAGGUCGCCAGAGGCCCCCACAGCAAGCCCCCAUCGUCACCCCACGUCAAACGCCCGUCAGACCCACAACCCAACCAGCGGUAUACAACAGAUACGAUCAGGAAAGAUUCAACCGUCAGAAGGAAGAGACUGAGGGCUUUAAGAUCGACACGAUGGGAACCUACCAUGGAAUGACGCUCAAAUCGGUGACCGAGGGUCCAGUGAAAACGCGACCUCAACCUGCGCAACCCCAAGCCCCACUGCCAGUUAGCGCCGCCAGACCGCCACCCGGUGGUCUAACCAAAAGAGUCUCCAGAACACCAAUUAUUAUCAUCCCAGCGGGUACCAAUUGCCUUAUUUCAAUGUACAAUGUUAAGGAGAUUCUGCAGGAUUUGAAGUUUGUUUCGGUGGAACAAAAGAAAUCAGAAGGGGCGAAAAGAGAUAAUGAAGUGCUGAUCCAGAGGCAGCGGAACGGGCAGACGGUGCCCUACCGUGUUGUUGAUAACCCGGCGAAACUGAGUCCCAGCGACUGGGACAGAGUUGUUGCUGUUUUUGUGAUGGGGCCCGCGUGGCAGUUCAAGGGGUACCCUUGGGAGAAUCCAGUUGAGAUUUUCUCCAAAGUUGCCGCCUUUCACCUGAAAUACGAUGAAAUGCGACUCGACUCUAACGUCGCGAAGUGGGCUGUGACCGUUAUUCAACUAUCUCGAACCAAAAGGCACUUGGAUCGUGCUGCCCUCAUGGUAUUUUGGGAGAAACUCGACCGGCAUAUCAUGCAGUUCAAGCCACAUUUACGAUUCUAAACUUGUACAGUAUUGUGUAGGAAUUACCCCCGAAAUUGUUCUAUUAAUUUAGUGCUGUUAUGGAUAGCGCUAUAUACAAAAACUAGUGCACUUUAUGUAUUAUAAAAAAUUUAUACAAAUAAAAUAUUUUCUAUGAAA